GUAGUGGCGGGUGUCUGCCACCUGGUGGCAGCGCUGAGCUGCGCUUGCGUUAAAUCCGCUGAGCAGAGCGUAGAAGAAGAGUGCGGCUCGCCAUGGCGGAAACAGAGCAGCAGUCAGCCUCUUCUCCUGAAGAUGAAGCGCCUGAAGCUGGUACCACCUACAUCCUCCCCAAGAAGGAGAUCAGCAUGGUGCCGGAUAUGGGAAAGUGGAAAAGGUCCCAGGCCUACGCCGACUACAUGGGCUUCAUCCUGACGCUGAACGAGGGGGUGAAGGGGAAGAAGCUGACCUGUGAAUACGAAGUGUCUGAGACGGUGGAGAAGCUGGUGGACCUGCUGGGAACGCUGGACCGGUGGAUAACCGAGACUCCCCCCGUCGACCAGCCGUCACGCUUCGGCAACAAGGCCUACAGAACCUGGUUCUCCAAACUGGAGCAGGAAGCCGAGGCCCUGGUGUCGGCCGUCCUCCCUGCAGAGAAAGCGGCUGCGGCUCCAGAGGUAGCCGUCUACCUGAAGGAAUCGGUGGGGAACCCGACCAGGAUAGACUACGGAACAGGUCACGAAGCGGCGUUCGCGGCGUUCCUCUGCUGCCUCUGUAAAGUCGGAGCUCUGAGGAUAUCCGAUCAGCUGGCCAUCGUCUUCAAGGUGUUCAACAGGUACCUGCAGGUGAUGCGGAAGCUGCAGCAGACCUACAGGAUGGAGCCUGCAGGGAGCCAGGGCGUGUGGGGUCUGGACGACUUCCAGUUCCUGCCCUUCAUCUGGGGCAGCGCCCAGUUCAUAGAUCAUCCAACGCUGGAACCUCGGCACUUCAUCGAUGAGAGGGUACUUAACGAGCACUAUCAGGACUACAUGUUCCUGGACUGCAUCAAGUUCAUAAAUGAGAUGAAGACGGGUCCAUUUGCUGAGCACUCCAACCAGCUGUGGAACAUCAGUGCUGUUCCUUCUUGGUCCAAAGUCAACCAAGGCUUGAUCAGGAUGUACAAAGCAGAGUGUUUGGAGAAGUUCCCUGUGAUCCAGCAUUUUAAAUUCGGCAGCCUGCUCUCCAUCCAGCCGGCGAGGCCUUGACGCUCCGUGACCGAAGGAACCAACCAAGAUCUCCACAGCUCACCUUUUCCCUGCAGCCCUCCCAACAGUAGCUAAUUCCAGCUGCGUCGUCUGACACAUGCAUUCCCUCAUGAGCACGCAUGCCGUUGUGAAAGUUUGCAGACAUCCAUAACUUUCCUGCUCAGCAUGUCGUUGAUGACCUCGGACCCUGGAGCAUCUGCGGACUUUUGUCUUAUUUAUAGGAAAGGUUCAAAUCUAAGUUUUAUUUUUUAUUAUUUCUGAAUGUGUGAUCAUGAAUGCUGCAGUAUUCUGAUUUAAUAACAGCUUCAUUCAUGCCGGGUGGCCGCUAUUUAUGAGACUGUUUAGAAAAUCUUUUCAUUGUCUUUUUUUUGUUUUGCUUCUAAGGCCAAAGGUUUAAAUUUAGCUGAAAUACCACCCAGCCUCCGUUCAUUGGUUGAGAACCGACUGUAGGCUGAUAAUAGAACCAUCAAUGUAGAGUAGAUACAAAACUGCUAGACUGACGAGGUUUAGAUGGAGAAUCUCUGCAUGUAAUUCCACUUUUUCUGUUUUCUCAUCACUGUCUUAAUAAAGCCCCACAAAUAAAGUAAAAACAAAUUAUAUCAGCAAAGUGUUGAUAAAUAUUGUCAUUAAAAGAAUAAAACA